CGUCACACGCAAAACGCCGGGCCUACCGCGGGAUCGUGAGGGAGGCUGCGAAGUCUGUUUCAAGACCUUUCUGAGCCCGCGAAGUAGACACCAUGAGUAAAGCUCACCCUCCCGAAUUGAAAAAAUUUAUGGACAAGAAGUUAUCAUUGAAAUUAAAUGGUGGCAGACAUGUCCAAGGAAUAUUGCGGGGAUUUGAUCCCUUUAUGAAUCUUGUGAUAGAUGAAUGUGUGGAGAUGGCAACUAGUGGGCAACAGAACAAUAUUGGAAUGGUGGUAAUACGAGGAAAUAGUAUCAUCAUGUUAGAAGCCUUGGAACGAGUAUAAAUAAUGGCUGUUCAGCGGAGAAAUCCAUGUCCCCUCACCAAACGGCCUGUUUUUACUUUGGUGUAAAAAUCAGGUCAUGUACAUUUUCAUAUUCGACUUUUUGUUAAAUAAACUUGUAAUAGUCAAAAAUGCAUUCUCUCAGAUGUUCUGAAUAUGGUAAUAGAAUACUAGCUUUUAUUCUAAUUUUUUCUAAUGUGAAUUUUCCUGGUUGAGACUGAUUUCAAAGAGUUUUAUGCAAUAAAAUAGAAGAACCUUAUUAAAUGUGAAA